AUGGUUUUUCAAGGUUCUAAGUCAGAGUUACCAAAAGCUAAAGUCCCACUCGAAGUAGUCAUUGUGGGUGCUGGACUUGGAGGUGUAACUGGAGCAAUCUCAUUGGCUCUCUCUGGACAUAAAGUGACUUUAUUGGAGCAAGCUCCUAAAUUAGGUGAGGUUGGAGCAGGUAUUCAGAUUCCCCCACCAUCGGUAAGAAUUCUCCACUCUAUUGGAGCAUACGAUCUUGUUAAAGCAAAGAGUGUCGUUCCUAACAAUGUCUUCGUGUACAGAUGGGAGGAUGGAACUCAUUUGUCUACUCAGAACUUGGUCCCACUUACUCAGGACAUGUAUGGCUCGGACUAUUUGCAUAUUCACCGUGCUGACUACCACGCUGCAUUGGUUGAGAGGGCUAAGGAACUCGGUGUCUCUAUCCUGUUGAGUUGCCAUGUUGCUGAAAUUGACUUCGAGAACCUGUCGGUUAAAUGUGCCAACGGUGACGUUUACAAAGGAGACGUCGUUGUCGGAUAUGACGGUAUCAAGUCGAAGACUAGAUCUGCCAUUUUGGGUAGAGAGGAUCCACCAUACACCACUGGUGAUAUGGCUUUCCGUGCAUUGGUUGACAUUGAAAACAUCAAGCAUGAUGCUAAGUUGACCAAGCUUUUCAAGGAACCUAAUAUCAGUUUCUGGUGGGGUCCAAACUGUCACCUUGUUAUCUACUUGUUGCAAGGCGGUAACACAAUCAACAUCGUAGCAUUGUGUCCUGACAAUUUAGAUGAGGGUUUGACCAUUCAAGAUUCGUCUAAGGACGAGUUAAAGGAGAUUCUUGCUGGCUGGGAUCCCAACUUGUUGAACUUGCUCGAUUACAUUCACGAGACCAAGAAGUGGAAAUUGCAAAACUCAAGAGAGUUGUCCACUUGGACUCAUGAUGUCGGAAACGUUAUCAUCUUGGGAGACGCUUCUCAUGCUACUUUGCCUUACUUGGCUUCUGGAGCAUCUCAGGCCUUAGAGGAUGCUGCUGUUCUUGCUGGACUUCUCGCCCGUGUUGAAGAUAAGUCUCAAAUUCAUGACGUCUUAAAGAUUACUGAGAAUUUGAGAAAAUGGAGAUCCACUCAGGUUGUUCAGGGUUCAACUAACUGCAGAAACAUCUACCAUUUGCCUGAUGGUCCUGAACAGGUUGCAAGAGAUGAGGCUUUGAAGGCUGAUCCUCCAACUGUUGGUUGUCCUAACAGAUGGGCUGAUCCAAAAUUCAGAGACUUCUUAUUUGACUACGAUGCAUUUGCAGAGGCUGAAAGAGGCUGGAAUGAGUACAAAAAGGGCAAGUUUGCCACUUAUUUUAUUGAGGACUUAUAUAAGUUAUAA